AUGUCGUGCAUCAUUUAUGUUUGUCUUUCUGGAAACUUGAGAUGGGAAGCCAGUCAAGGAAGGAUCGCAAAUGGCGGGCCGCUGAAUGGUUGCAGAAUGUGGGUGGGGCCGGGCUCCAUGGAAGGGCAGGUGGACGGAUUGGCUCCUUUCCAUUUCGGUCGGGGCCGCCUGCCGUCUGUCAGGUUCUGGGAUGUCCCUUCCUUGGAAGACGAAAGACAAGCAAACUCAGGCAGGAACGGAGAGGCCCCUUUCUGCGCUUUAGCCAUCUACCUGUUCCUUCGGUCUCUCUUCGCUUCUUGUCCUUUCACGCCAGUACCAGUCAUCUUGCAUUGGGCUCAGUCCGUCACUUUAGCGCCAGCAACGGACCCCGCGAUAAUUGCCUUGCUUCGUCCACCAACUCUCUCCCUGCACUCUGCGUGUUUUGCCCCGCUCCACGAGAAAGCUAUUCUGUCGCAAUCGUCCUCCGCGAAACGAGAACAGACAUACAAUAGAGCUCCUUUCACAUCUCCGAGCGAUUUCACAAUCAUGUCUUCCGCAGCUCCCCACAGCAACAAAAGUGCCUCCAGCACCAAUGGCGAGGUGGACAUCAAGAAUUUGGGUCACGUCGAAACCCCCAAAGUUGAAGGAACAUGGACCGUCGAGAAGGCUCUUGAAAUCUCUCCAGGCACUGCAGGACCUGCGGACGCCGGCUCACCGCUCCCUUACUUCCAUCUGAUUGAGCGCCUCAAGACAACCAAGCGGGAGGGUUGGCGCCGUUUUGGCAUCGCGAGGUUGGGCCUUGACAGAGGAGAAUCCAUCGCUGACCACAUGUACCGCAUGUCCCUUUUAUCAAUGCUCGCCCCGCCUGCCCUUGCGCCCCGUCUCGAUCUCGCGCGAUGCAUGAAGAUGUGCCUGAUACACGACAUGGCCGAGUCUCUGGUUGGAGACAUCACACCCGUCGAUGGCGUGGCGAAGCCCGAGAAGAACAGACGUGAGGCGGAGACGAUGGACUUUAUUACCAAGAACCUUCUUGGCAGUGUCUACGGCGGUAUCCCAGGUGCCGAGAUUCGCGAGAUCUGGCAAGAGUACGAGGACUCCCAGACCCUCAACAGCCACUACGUACACGAUCUGGACAAGAUGGAGCUGCUUCUCCAGAUGAUGGAGUAUGAGAAGCGCGGCCAGGGCAAGCUUGACUUGGGCGAAUUCGCAUACGUCGCGACCAAGUUCACAUUACCCGAGACCAAGGAAUGGGCGGACGCUCUGCUCAAGGAGCGCGAACAUUUCUGGGGCACCCAGCAGCACGUCCACGGCGAGGAUGGUAUCGAAGGCGGCAUGAUUGAUGAGCGCUAUGCACAGUGGUUCCCGGUGUUGGCCACCCUGAACCUAGACGCCAUUACGUUGCGAAGGUCAGACUCUGAAAUCGCGGAGGGAAAAUCGAGUUACGGGUCCUGGCACAAGUUGCUUGCAUUACAUGGUGUUGCAUGGAGUAUGCGCGUCACGCGUGAGGUUCCCGGGUGUGAGUACUUCCCGAUACCGACGGCAGGCCCUGGGUCACCGCCCCGUUGUGCUGCCCCUCUGUUUACAUUCUUGCUGAGCCACGCGCUUGGACCUCCAGAUGAUCAACCACCCCAGCAACCGAUGGCGCCUUCCUUCUUUGAGACAGCUACAAUGUCGACGUUUGAUUCAGGGACUGGCGGCGGAUACGCAUACAUUCAGGCCGAUACUCCGUACUCCGUACAAUUAUUCACAUCUCCAGACUUUCGGUACCUACCUAUUCCCUUGAUACCUUCCUUUCCCUUGCGUUCUUCCAAAGAAGCGCAUGACAAACUCGACGUCACCCUGAGCGCCGUCACUUUUUCUCAGGGUCUAGACCAACCAACCGACACACGCUCGACAUCCAAUCAAGACACUCAUCAUCAACGGCUGUUGCCGGCACUCGAAGCUCUCCCCAACGCCAGGACCGAGCUUCUGCCUGCCGACACAUCAACGCAUAGGCCGAGUAAGCACGCGCGCAUUGUCAACACGGGAAUCCUUCUUCGCUUCAUCUUCGAGCGCUUCCUUCCCCCAUCUGACAGCGCUCGCCUGCUGCCAGCCAUCGCACGGCCUGUUGCACGACGAACAACCAACGAGCCAGCGCACCACGACUCGUCUUCUGCACACCACCCGACACCCGAGACUCAGGCCUGGGAUUUAGCUUCCGGAUCGAUCAUGAGCUUUCUCACCGCUUCCGCCCGACCCCUUGCCGUGGUUCCCGCAACUCCUUACCCUGCCUCACCCGUGAGCCCUUCGAGAUCCCCUGUUCCGUCGUCCUGGCCUCCGACGCCUGUACCGACCUGCACCAUGGCCUUCACAUCCCAGUACCGAAUGCCCGGUACCUACUUUGACGCACAACCCGCCGGAGUUCACCCUGGCGUCUUCCGACCACCCACUUCCCCCUCCGCCGGUUCUUCCUACUGUUUCGCCAGAGCAAAUAGCUACCACGCCGAAGCAAAUACACCUUCAGCUCAGGCAAAAAGGAAACGGCGCAACAAUGCCUCCCGCGAAGCUACUCCGUUGAAUGAAUGGAACGAUGGCAACAUGAAUCUAGACAGCUCGAGCGAACUCCCUAAACACGAGACACCUUUACCGAUCCGAGAAGCCCGAUACACGCUGGCUGGCCAGCUCGAGACACCUGGUGCCGGCGUCAACACGCCUUACGACAACGGUAACUUGGAUGAGAGCAUGUACUCAGACGGCGAUUAUCGAAGAGCCUUGGGAUCAAAACGACCACACGAAGAGAUGGAAUCGCCUAUUCCAGGCCAGCCGACUGUACUGGUCCAGCCUAGCCAUCCAGUCGCCGGCGGCUGGAGUCGCUUUGCGUUCAACACUAUUGGUGGGGUCGUGGGCAAAGUCUGGGAAUUCUGCAAGGCUGGGGCCUUCAUUGGCUUCUCUGCUGGGGGUGGCAAGGCUUAUACCAUUGAUGGCCAGAGCAUCCGUCCCUCUUCAGCUGCUACAUCAGCUUUGUCUGCGCCCCAGCUAGAACCAUCCGAGAAGUUCAACGAAAAAUACGAAUGGAGACAACAGCAAAGUCCCCAAAACUUGGAUACCCCCGUUGGAGAUACCACGCCGCCCGGAGGUUUCCCUCAGCCCCUCUUCACAUCGUAUGCCCGGGAGCCAGACCAAGCCCUGAACCCCGAACCCGAGGUUAGGGUCGAGGUCGAGGCCACACCUUCGCGACCCGCCGUAAAACGCCGACAGACGAGUGCUUGGAAUCAUGAUGAGUUGCGAAACUGGGUUGUGGUGGACGAGUCAGCGCCAGGCAAUAGGCCAGUUUCGAGGGCAUCGAUGCGACCAGCAUCCCGCAACAUGCGCCCUUCCCUAGUCACAGGCCGGAGGAUUAGUGUUCCCAAGCCUCGUCUCAGCUCGAUCCCGAUCCACAACCGCCGCCAAUCUACGGCUAGCCACGAAUGCAAUGCUCCGGACACCGCACCACUGUCAUAUCAGGAACCAGCAAGCUUCGCUAGUGUGAGGUCUCCGGAGCCGCCGAGGACCUUGACCGGGCCCUCGCCGAGCCGAAUCCCACUUCCAAUGCAGUCUGCCGGCUCGAGCCCGAACCCGUUCGCGAAGACGACCGUCUCGGCCCGGCGUCAGAGUGCCAUUCCGUCACCGGCACAAUCUUUAAUGAGCCCACCUAUACGCUCGCAUCGCCGCUCCAAUAGCAGUGCCUCAGCAGCAUCACCUCGCGGUAAACUCAAGGAAUUCGGGGUGGACUCCAUCCGCGCGAGCCCUCGGCUCGACGUGGAAGCCAAGAAGUUGGCAGCCAGACGAAUCAAAGAUGAACAUGACACCGAUGCGAGGAUUAAUGAUUUCAACCAGAGGCUCAAGGAGAUGAUUCGCCAAGGCAGGGAGGCUCUUGGCACCAAGGUCGAGGUGGAUGACGAUGGAUGCGGCUGGGAGGAUGACUGA